UCCUCAGGAGUGUCAGUCAAUGCAUGUGCGCGCGCGUGUGUGAGUGAGGUGUCAAUCAAAGCGGCGGCUUCUCUUUCAUCUCUGUAGUCAGUCAGAGAUCAGGGGGAGGAGUACAGCACUACACUCUCUCCAGCCCAACAUUACUCUCAGUCUCUGCUGAGCGCAUUUCUGAAGAGGGACACCUUUUACCCAAGAAACCAAACGGGAAUGACACACAGCAUCUGAACCCCAGCACUUUUUUUUUUUACUUCCUUUUUUUUUUUUUUUUUUUUUUUGGAACAGUCAGAACUGUCCUGCGUACAACUUACACUUCACAGGAAUCGUACUUUAACUUUUAAAACACCCAGCGUCGCUACAUUGCGUUUCCCCUCUGGAUUCUCGAGUGUUUCCGCAGCACGCGUGUUUGGAGUGCCCCAGCUGAAGUUAUACGGGGGUUUUCUGUAUAACACCUUCGCUUUCCGGGCGUUUUUAGGGUGAGGAGGACUUUCAAUCACCGGAGAAAUGCCGCAGUUGUCAGGUGGAGGAGGCGGCGGGGAUCCGGAGCUCUGCGCCACUGAUGAAAUGAUCCCGUUCAAAGACGAGGGAGACCCGCAGAAGGAGCAGAUCUUCGCGGAGAUCAGCCACUCCGAGGAAGAGGGAGACUUAGCGGAGAUCAAGUCAUCUCUGGUCAACGAGUCAGAAAUCAGUCCUAACAGUCACGACGCAGCUAGACAGUCCCAAAUAACACCAGACUCUUAUCAUGAGAAGCACAGGGAUCAUCCGGACGAUGGCAAGCAUCAAGACAUGUACAGCAAAGGCCACCCGUACCCCAGCUACCCCGGAUACAUCAUGAUGACCAAUAUGAACAAUGAACCCUACAUGAACAACGGCUCUCUCUCGCCUCCCAUUCCCAGAACGUCAAAUAAGGUGCCGGUGGUCCAGCCGUCCCAUGCCAUUCACCCCCUCACCCCUCUGAUCACAUACAGCGACGAGCACUUCGCCCCCGGCCCACAUUCGGGACACCACCCACAGGACGUCAAUGCCAAACAAGGUAUGCCCAGGCAUCAUCCUGGACCAGACAUUCCCAAUUUCUACUCACUUUCUCCAGGGGGAGUUGGACAGAUGACCCCUCCGCUCGGAUGGUUCUCUCAUCACAUGGUACCAGGCCCUCCUGGACCCCAUGCCACGGGAAUCCCCCAUCCCGCCAUUGUCAACCCACAGGUGAAACACGAACCACAUCACGACAUAGACCUGAUGCACAUGAAACCUCAGCACGAGCAGAGAAAGGAGCAGGAGCCCAAAAGACCUCACAUCAAGAAACCUCUAAAUGCUUUCAUGCUGUAUAUGAAAGAGAUGCGUGCCAAUGUGGUGGCUGAAUGCACGCUGAAGGAGAGCGCCGCGAUCAAUCAGAUCCUCGGGCGGAGGUGGCAUGCUUUAUCUCGGGAAGAGCAAGCUAAGUAUUACGAAUUAGCCCGCAAGGAACGGCAGCUCCAUAUGCAGCUCUACCCAGGAUGGUCUGCCAGAGACAAUUAUGGGAAAAAAAAGAAGCGGAAGAGAGAAAAGAUCCAGGAACCUGCUCCAGGUACAGGCCAGAGAAUGAAAACGGCGUACAUCUGAACAAUGGAGGAAAACGGACUUCUUAUUCCUCUUGCAAAGCAAAGACAGCAGCUCCAGGCCCCCUUUUAGAGAUGGAGGCCUGCUAGAUUCCUCAACCUUUCCCCCCUCCGUCCUUUCUUGACCCCUGUGGAAUCUCCAGAGGGUCCCGGCCCUUGAAUCUGCUCCUCGGCUGCAGGCGCUGUUGUAGAGACGUUGAACCGAGAACAGACAAUCACCAACACAGACCCGUGAAUACUUGUUUGAACCUUCCUUUUUGUUUUCUGUCCUUAAAUCACUCCCGAAGCCGAAGGCGUUGCACUGAUUAUGUUCCUCGACCGUUUGUAAAGCGCACAUAUGGCCACAUGUAAACAAACACACACACACACGUUCCUACACCUGUUCCUAAGUUAUUCUAAGUUAUUUGGCACCUCUGUCUUCUGUGUUCACUACGUCACUCCCUUAUUUUCUCUCUUGCCCCAUAAAAUGUAGCAACAGAGGGGCCCGACACACCUCACGGUGUUCUAUCGCAACAUUUUAGGGAUCACACAUUGCCCUGGAAACGAUCUCCAUAGAUUGCGUUUUGUAUUGACACAUUGGUGCAAAAAGGAUCAAUGUUUUGAAUUCUCAACAUCUUGGGUUCAAUUUAUUUUGAAUGCUUUUUUUAUUAUUAUUAAUAUGUUAUUUUCAUUUCUCGGUGUAUAUUUUAAGUGAUUUUUUUUAUUAUUAUUUUAUAAAUAUAUAUAUAAUGGUAUAUGAAAAUAAGCUUGGAGACAGGAAAGCCGUUUUUCUUGUUGAAGCGUCUUGCAGAAAUAACAUUUAAAAGUCUUCUUUUUGAUAACUAUUUGUAACGGAUACUGACUUAAACUGAUGUAAAACAAUGCUCAAUGUGUACUUUUUAAAAAGAGAUGUCUGGAUGUCACUUUUCUUGGUAUUUUUGCAGGCAACAUUAGGACAAAGGUGAAAGAGUAGGUACCCAGAGGCCUAUAUUUUAUUGAUCUAAAUUGACAAAUGAAGCAGAUAUAUAUCUAUAUAUUUACCCCAGCACUUGGCAGUCUUUCUUUAAUUGCAAUGUACCUCUGUCCUGUCUCUCUGGUAGGUAAUAAGAGUGGUAUUUUACCAUGUUUAUUCCAUGCAAACAUUUACACAUUUUAUUGUUUUUAAUUGUUCUCUUAGCAUUUUCUUUUUCUUUUUUUACAUUGUCAUAUCUUAAAGCGUUAACUUGGUGUAGCAUUUUGCUUCCAAGUGGUCACAUUUGAACAAUUUCAAUGUCUUUUUUUAUUAAAAUAAAUAGGCAUCUUUGACUGAAAACGAAUGGAGUAUGAUUUUUUUUUUUACACUAUAGCCUACACACUGAAAUGUUUCCUCCGUGUAAGUAGAUUGCAUUUCUACAAGAAGCAUUGGAAUUAUAGAAUAUAUCCUGUGGAUCUCGGGGGAAACUUUAUAAGACUUAUUGAAAUGAACGAGAAAUAAAAUGCAGCUUGUCACUGUGCCUCGGUGUUCAUUUAAAUAUGCAUUUGAAUAUUCAUGCAGCCUUAAGUGCAUGCUAAUAAGAGAAUUGAUUUGCAAUAAACCUAAAAAGACUAAA